AUGGAAGAGAUAGAACAGUUCACACAUUUAGGCAGCGUCGUCCCAAGCGACGGAGAUGCAUACCGUGAUGUUGCAUGUCGGAAAGCAGAAGUCGUCUUCCAAAAACUACGGUCUAUCACUGACCUGCAACGUUGCAGAGUGUUUCCUAGAAAAUGUUACAUUUUAAAGGUUCUUUUUGGAAAUAAUAUUGGAGAAGCAGUAGGAGAGGCAGUAGGAGAAGCAGUAGGAGAAGCAGUAGGAGAGGCAGUAGGAGAAGCAGUAGGAGAGGCAGUAGGAGAGGCAGUAGGAGAGGCAGUAGGAAAGGCAGUAGGAGAAGCAGUAGGAGAGGCAGUAGGAGAGGCAGUAGGAGAGGCAGUAGGAGAGGCAGUAGGAGAGGCAGUAGGAGAAGCAGUAGGAGAGGCAGUAGGAGAGGCAGUAGGAGAGGCAGUAGGAGAAGCAGUAGGAGAGGCAGUAGGAGAAGCAGUAGGAGAGGCAGUAGGAGAGGCAGUAGGAGAGGCAGUAGGAAAAGCAGUAGGAGAGGCAGUAGGAGAGGCAGUAGGAGAGGCAGUAGGAGAGGCAGUAGGAGAGGCAGUAGGAGAGGCAGUAGGAGAAGCAGUAGGAGAGGCAGUAGGAGAGGCAGUAGGAGAGGCAGUAGGAGAAGCAGUAGGAGAGGCAGUAGGAGAAGCAGUAGGAGAGGCAGUAGGAGAGGCAGUAGGAGAAGCAGUAGGAGAGGCAGUAGGAGAAGCAGUAGGAGAGGCAGUAGGAGAAGCAGUAGGAGAGGCGGUAGGAGAGGCGGUAGGAGAGGCAGUAGGAGAGGCAGUAGGAGAGGCAGUAGGAGAGGCAGUAGGAAAAGCAGUAGGAGAGGCAGUGUAUCACAUGAAUAAAGAUAUGUCUACAGUUAGAUAUAGACAUCUAGCAGUUACUUGA